ACGAAAUUUCCAUCUACCUCUAGUUAUGUUGACCUGCUUUUUAUUUUCCCCUUUUUAUUCCUGGGCUCUGAAUUCAUGUUCAAUCUCACAGUAAAUCACUGAAACGCUGAGCCAGAGUGUGGCAAGUGCUUCUUCCCGCACCUGCAUCCCGCCCGUCUCAAGGCACCUACCGCUGUGACCUGAAUCGCACGGCGCAACAGAAAGGAAGUACCCUUUCUUGGUCAACUUUCAUCUUUUCAUCUCCUUCUUUUCAAUUUCAUCAACGACUUGAACCGCCUCGCAUCGCAUUGCAUCGUUUCUUCUUUGUCCCUCCUUUCGCCUGCAUUGUUGGUAAUUAAGUGCUUUUCUUCAUCCGCGACAUCUACUUGACAUAAUUCUUUGCUUCUUUCUGCUGCCCGUCGACAACCCCCGUCCCGGUCUCCGGCCUCCGUACUCCAGACCCCGAUCACCGCACUUGUCCUGCACGAGCCCUACGAACGACUCGAGACGGUUACACUGCGAGACAGGUUCCUUUGCUACUGCACAUCUUCUAGAGAUCACCGAAAACUUGAUCUGUUAAGACCCGCCACCAUGUCGAGUAUCAUGAGCAAGCGCCAGCAGGCGCGGAACGAAAAGGCCCUGCAGGAUCUUGUGCAGAACACCCCGGGCAAUAAUAUGUGCGCUGACUGCCACGCGCGUAAUCCAGCUUGGGCAUCAUGGAGUGUACGGCCCCCCACUACAUACGGGAACUGAUCCAAUACUAAUAUGUUUGUUAGUUGGGCGUUUUCCUAUGCAUGAGAUGUGCUGCAAUUCAUCGAAAGUUGGGUACUCACAUCUCCAAAGUAAAGUCCUUGAGCAUGGAUAGUUGGACCAACGAGCAAGUUGACAACAUGCGAAAGGUCGGAAACAUCACAUCCAACAACAUUUAUAACCCCGAGCAUCGCAAACCUCCCGUCCCGGUCGACGCUGACGAAGCGGAUUCUGCUAUGGAACGAUUUAUCAGACAGAAAUAUAUGAAUAAUACUGUCAGUGGAACGGGAAAGCCUAGAUCUCCUCAUAUAGGCGAAGGGACUCCUCCACCACUGCCGCCUAAGAACUCGAAGUUCGGAUUUCGAUCAGCUUCAUCUAUUUUCCCUCUGUCGUCCAAGUCGAAGAAGGACUCCAAAACCAUUACAGCUGCGCAAGGUGGACGUAGCGAGUCUCCAAGACCCCCUAAUAAACCAUCAAAAGUGUUCGGCGCCACCUUAGAUCUUGAUCAACCGGAUGACAUGGAGCAAAAGCUGGCUAGGCUACAAGACAUGGGAUUUCAGGACGCCAAACGCAAUGCUCUGGUGUUGAAAGGUGUUAAUGGCAACAUUGAACGAGCGAUUGAGACUCUUGUGCGAUUGGGUGAGGGUAGUGGCCGGCCCUCACCUCUUCCCACCCCUUCACCUCGGGAACAGACUCUGCGAACAUCAAGGUCUUUGACGCCCCUGACACCGAGUUCUGGCGGGCUGGGACUCGGCGCAGGUCUCAGCGUUCCCGCCCGUUCAGCUACGGACCGUCCCACUACUCCAUCAAGUGCUUCGACAAACCCGUUUGAUAACUUAGGAACGGCUCAGCCCCAGACGGCCCAGUCGACGGGAAGCCUUCAUAACCGGAACCCGUACGGCCAGACAAACCCAUUCGGCGUGCCAGCCGCUCAACAGCAACAACCGACAGAUGCGUUCAGCCAGGCAUUCCAAAACAUGUCUCUCUCCCCCCAACAGCCUCUGUUCCCUCACCAUACUGGAGGACCAGCACCACAGCAAGCACCACAGGCGACAGGAUACCAACAAGUGGCUCCAUCAGCGCCAACAACCCCAAGUGGCUUCUCAACUCUGGGCUUCAGUAACAACAUGACAUACCCACAGCCUGUCCAAGCGCAGGCGACUGGGUAUAAUCCCUUUCUAGCGAACACCGCAGGUGCAAUACAGCAACAGCCGCAACAAGGGUCCAAUCCCUUCCCUCAAGUCAACACCAACCAAGCACCUGCUGGAUACAAUCCGUUCGCUCGAUCCCCAACUCGAAUCGCAUCGCCAAGCCUUGGUCAGAUACCAGAGCAAACGCAGAGUUCGUUUCAAAACUCAUCUGUUUAUCAGGGAUCUGCCGUGUAUCAGAGCCCAGCUCCUUUGAGCCCCCCAGAAACAAGCACGAACCCUUUUUUUGCAAAUGCUGGUCAGCCUGUGGCGCAAACAAGUCAACAGGUCUUUGUGCAACAACCUGUCGUGCAACAGAUGCAGAGUCAACCCCAAGCAAGCCACAACCCCUUUGCCCAGCAGCAGCCUCAAAUGUACCAGCAGCAGCAGUUUUACCAACCUCAGAGACCAGACAAGGCCUCGAUCAUGGCUCUUUUUAAUAACUACCCUCAAACGGUACAACAACAGCCAGGUGCGGCCGCGGCUCAGCCUUCAUACCAGGUUCAGCAGGCCACACAAUAUACCCAGCAGCCAACCAUCCCAGAAAACCAGCCCCUGCAAGCUCCAAUGGCACCUGUGCAGCAGCAACCAAGUGUGCCUCAGCAUCUAUCAUCUAGCACAAACCCUUUCAUGAGUGGUGCACCUUCUUCUGGCGUCGCUGGUAACCCAAAUGCUGCGACCACUUCAGACCCAUUUGCUGCAAGGAGCAGAGAGAGCAUGAACCUUGGCCUUGACCUUGCGUGGACAAAUGGGCGACACAGCCCAGAUGCAUUCGCAAGCCUCAGUGCACGACAUGGAUGAUGGUACGAGACUAGAGGCAGUAUUGGAAUACGAUAUGUUCAGGAUAGUACAAAUGUGACACGGGAGAUGUGAAGUACACUGUAUGAUAGUAUUAACGUUGGUUCUGGUUGAUUAUUGGGACUAUGUUAUUGCCAUUUGGCUAUAGUCUUUCUUUUAUGUACUCCAGAGCAGGGUGGUUGAUAGGGACUGGUCAGGAUUGCUGGGGUAUGGCAAACCGGCCUUGACCGAGCAAUUGAGGGUUGAAAGACGGCAUUGAGGAUAACAUGGCAUAAUGGUGCGUAUAGACGGAGGGACAGACGAUAAUAGACUUGCUGAGGUAGUCAGCGGUGGCUCAAGCAUUAAGGGAGUACGGAUGCGAUAUUCCUCCUCCUAUGGCAUUGGCUGUUGCUGAGUCAACUAAUUUGAGCUUUGGCAUUUUUGCGAGUAAAAUGGCUCUGUCGAAAAUGCCGUCUCUUCAUGAUACUGUUCAUGAGUGUCAAACUCUGUUGGACUGUCUCC